GGCUGGCACUGGUCCCUAGUGUCCUCCGGGCCCAAGUUCAAGUCGGGGGCUUCCAUUCAUUUCGGGCCAAGACAAUUGCUGCCCUCGCCCCAUCCGAGGGUCACUUUGCGCAGGCGGGCUCAGGGAAAGCAGUGCCCUGAGUAGAUAGAUCACCUGGAGGACCUGGAGCUCCUGGGCAGAGGGAGAAGGACAAUUAAUUUUAUGCUUGGGCGAGUGUCCGGAAAACUUGGAUGAAGUUAUAAGACCAUCUAAGGGGGAGCACAAGAUAAAAUUCUGAAAGCAGGAUUUGGACGUUUGAGAAUUAAGUGCCUCGUUGGUUCUGAGAGGUGCAGAAUCAGGGUCAGGAUGCUUAGCUACAACUGAGGUGCACAGUAUGGGAGUCUGGAGAUCCAGGCUAGAUAGGGUCUAGGUGGACAGGAUAACAUUUUGAGUGAGGGUCUGGGGUCCCCAGCCCCAGGAUGCUCCCUUUUGCCUCCUGCCUCCCCGGGUCUUUACUGCUCUGGGCGCUUCUGCUGUUGCUCUUGGGAGCAGCGUCUCCACAGGAUUCCGAAGAGCCGGACAGCUACACGGAAUGUACGGAUGGUUACGAGUGGGACGCAGACAGCCAGCACUGCCGGGAUGUCAAUGAGUGCCUGACCAUCCCUGAGGCCUGCAAGGGUGAAAUGAAAUGCAUCAACCACUACGGGGGCUAUUUGUGUCUGCCUCGCUCGGCUGCCGUCAUCAACGAUCUACACGGUGAAGGACCUCCGCCACCAGUGCCCCCUGCUCAGCACCCCAAUCCUUGCCCACCAGGCUAUGAGCCUGAUGAACAGGAGAGCUGUGUGGAUGUGGACGAGUGUGCCCAGGCUUUGCAUGAUUGUCGCCCUAGCCAGGACUGUCAUAACCUGCCUGGCUCCUACCAAUGCACCUGCCCUGACGGUUACCGAAAAAUUGGGCCCGAAUGUGUGGACAUAGAUGAAUGUCGCUACCGCUAUUGCCAACACCGAUGUGUGAACCUGCCAGGCUCUUUCCGCUGCCAGUGUGAGCCUGGCUUCCAGUUGGGACCUAACAACCGCUCUUGUGUGGAUGUGAACGAGUGUGACAUGGGAGCCCCGUGUGAGCAACGCUGCUUCAACUCCUACGGGACCUUCCUGUGUCGUUGUAACCAAGGCUAUGAGCUGCACCGAGAUGGCUUCUCCUGCAGUGAUAUCGAUGAGUGCAGCUACUCCAGCUACCUCUGCCAGUAUCGCUGUGUCAAUGAGCCAGGUCGCUUCUCCUGUCACUGCCCACAAGGCUACCAGCUGUUGGCUACGAGGCUCUGCCAAGACAUUGACGAGUGUGAAUCAGGUGCACACCAGUGUUCUGAGGCCCAAACUUGUGUGAACUUCCAUGGGGGCUACCGCUGCGUGGACACCAACCGUUGUGUGGAGCCCUAUGUCCAAGUGUCGGACAACCGCUGCCUCUGCCCUGUCUCCAACCCGCUGUGUCGGGAGCAGCCUUCAUCCAUUGUGCACCGUUACAUGAGCAUCACCUCCGAGCGAAGUGUGCCUGCGGAUGUGUUUCAGAUCCAGGCAACCUCUGUCUACCCUGGUGCCUACAAUGCCUUUCAGAUCCGUGCUGGAAACACACAGGGGGACUUCUACAUUCGGCAAAUCAACAAUGUCAGCGCCAUGCUGGUCCUUGCCAGGCCAGUGACAGGACCACGGGAGUAUGUGCUGGACCUGGAGAUGGUCACCAUGAACUCUCUUAUGAGCUACCGGGCCAGCUCCGUACUGAGACUCACCGUCUUUGUGGGAGCCUACACCUUCUGAAGGAGACCCUCAGGGAAGGGUUGGGUGGGGCCCCCUUCUUUCUCCCUCCCACAGCUUAAGGAGCCUGGGGUUUAGGGACGACUGUUCUGCUUAAAGAGACAAUGAUGUGAAGGACAAUAAAGGGAGGAGUCCUAGUGGCUGAGGUGGGUGAGUAACCUCAGCCUGGGAAGGCGCUGGGCUUGUGAGAGAAGCAGGCAAAUUUCACCCAAAGGGUCCUCUCUGCAUUCAGGCUGAGAAGGUUCCAGAGCUUAAGUGUCAUUCUUCAGAAUCAACCUGAGCAGGGAGUUCUAAGGAGUGGACACUUUAGGCCUUAACCCCAGAGCUCGGCAGAUGCUAGGCCCCAGAAACCAUGUUCAGGUCAGUGCCAAGAGGUCUGGGGCUACUAUCCCAACCCUACCCCAAAUUACACGUUUGGACAAGCCUGCUGUUCUCCUGUCACCAGGAUGAGGCAACUGGACUGAGAACACGUUUCUAUCCCAACUUGUGAUUUUUGUCACAGAAACUUACUUGAUCAAGGGCCACUUAGUUGCAAAGAUAGAGUGCCCCACUGACUCCAUCUCCCGGACCAGGGAAUGCCCAACCUCUAAGAAGUAUUAUCUAGCUGUCUAUUUAGUUUUGCAUAGGGUCUAGCCUAACACAAGUUAAGUGUACACUCAGCACAACCAUGUUUAGCCAAGAGCUUGCCAAAAAAAAAAAAAAAAAAAAGGAACCAUAUGGGCCAGGUAUAGUGCUCCACACCUUUA